AUGUCACGAGUGCACAUGACAUCGGACUGGGUAGGCCAUCGGCUGUUGCUGGUGUCCGGUCAGGCACUGUAUCAACUUCCACUUGAUGCGUUCCUUACAACGUCACUGCUAACUCCUAGAAAGCUAAUUGAACUCUCAACUGGAGCCACCGACGCCAAACAGCUGACUUUUGAUCCUUUCAAGAACACUGCCUACUUGCUAACACGCAAUGGGUCGCUGUUUCUGCUGAACCUCGCUCGAAGUCACGAGAAAAAUCUAGCACUGGUUGUACCUUGCCUGACGAGUCAAACGGUCACGUGGAUGAUGACAGAGUUCGCAUGGAACCGUGCUUCGUCUCCGAAAAUCUACGCCUUGACUUGGAAUGGCCUAAUAGUGAUUGACGUCGAGGAAAACAAUAAAUGUAAUGAAGUACGCAUCGAUUGGAAUAAGUUUGGAGAAAAAGGCUUGAAAGCGAUGUCAGCAUUCGCAAUAGCCGACAAGCUGUUUGUGUUCGUAACCUCAUCGGAGAUGCUCAUCUACGGUCGAGAAACGGUGGUGCCAAUUCCAAUCACCUAUCCGCCACUUCGCCAAAUUCUUGCCGUCAGCCAAAGCAGUCAACCGUACCCUGAUCGAUCCUGUUUCGCGUUACCGUCUUCGGCUGGGAUACAGUUCACAGUGGUGAAUGAAGGCAAAACCGGUGCUUUUCUGGAGGUCUCGAAACCUCCUCCCCUGAACAUUUGUCAUGGUGUCUCGCUUCCGCAGACCCACUAUGAGGUUUACUUCACCCGAAAGAACACCGACAAAGUGAAGCAUAUCCGUAGUUAUACGGAGAAAAUUCAUGUUGAGAACGGGAUUCUGGACAAAGAAACGGACUACGAGGUUACGGUAGCGUGGCUGAAUCGAUACUCGGACGCGAGCGGUAUUUCGGACCCGAAAUUUGGUUACCCGUCAGCGCCACGUUCGUUGCAAGCCGUAGCCGUCACUCCCGACACGGUAUAUCUGUACUGGAAUCUUCCGGAGACCCUCAACGCACCGAUUGCAGAGAUAAAAUACAAGAUCUCGCAACAAGCCUCUGGGCUGGCGUCACCAUCUAGUAUUGCGGUUCAAGAGUACACCGAUGGUGCUUUCUCACCAACGACCUCCGAUUCAGCAUCCUGUCUUGUGAGCCCGUGUCGGGCAAAAAUCGCUAAUCUCAGGCCGGCGACUGAGUAUAAGUUCUGGGCAACUUCCAUUCACAAAUCCCACCUCAACUCGCAGUUUCUAGAAGACGCUGAGGCGAUUUCACAAGAGGCUUCUGCCCGUACGAAGGACAUCCCUGGAACCCUUCGACCAGACAACGUGACCGGAUCGUCACUGCUGCUUCGAUGGAAUAGCCUACAAGCUGAGCAACCACCAUCGGUUAUAUCAGUGCAGUACAAAGAGACAGGUGCCACAAGUGGUUGGAAAUCCCCCUCAAAUGCGUCGUUCGAUCCUUCGGUGUCGACCAUCCUUGCUGGUGUGCCAACUGCGCCUGUCCAAGUGGAAGCUCGAAUGGAUGAAGAAGGAUGGAUUGUCUCGUGGAAGGAACCAUCCAGUGAUGGAGGCUCGCCGAUCACCAGCUAUGCCGUUGAGAUGCGACACAAUCGCUCCGCAGAAUGGGAGAUUGCAGAGCGUGGGCUGGACGGAUGGAAGCUAUGGUGGCGACCAGCCAAAAGUGAUCGUCGCCAAACGUGGGAAUUCAGAGUGCGGGCCGCCAAUCUCGAGGGUUUCGGAGCGUACGGGUAUUCGAGUGAUACUGUAGUGCCACCAGCUGCUGAGCAGACCUCUCAGUCAUGGCUUUACGUAGUUCUGAUCGUCUCACUGAUCGCGAUUCUAGUUCUGCUCACGUUGAUCUUUCUGAUGAUUAGAGCUCGUGCCCGAGCCGCCCGAUUGAAGAAAGAGCGAAAUCUGGACAAGAACUGUAUCACGCUCGAGAAGAUCGCUGGCCUUGAUCACACUCCUUGUCAACCGAUGCCACCGGAAAUGCUGAACGAAAUCAAAAAUCUUCCACAUGUUCGCUCCGACUACGUUCGCUUGGAAAAGAAGUUAGGUACUGGCAGCUUCGGAGAAGUGUGGGAAGGCGUCGCGACCCGUCUGCCGAUGAGAGACCGAGAAACUAGAGUCGCCAUAAAGACGCUACGGCAAGGCUAUGAAGAAUCCGAAAAGAUCAGGUUCAUGAAAGAAGCUAUACUCAUGAAGUGA